GCCGCAGCGCUGCCGUCAGCUGACAGUCGCUCUGCCGCCGACAUCUUGGAGGAGACGGAGGGAGAGUCCGCUGCUCACGGUCAAACGUCCGGAUGGAGUGACGGCAGGGCCGGAGACACAACGGCGGGAAUCUCUGCGGAGCGGUGACUCUUCGUUAUGAGCAGCUGUGACUGACUGACGGGCGUCGGCCAUGAUCGGAGGACUCUUCAUCUACAACCACAAGGGGGAGGUAUUGAUCUCCAGGGUGUACCGCGAUGACAUCGGGAGAAAUGCCGUGGAUGCGUUCCGGGUCAACGUUAUCCACGCCCGGCAGCAGGUUCGCUCUCCGGUCACCAACAUCGCCCGGACGAGUUUCUUCCACGUCAAACGCUCCAACAUCUGGUUGGCGGCGGUCACCAAGCAGAACGUCAACGCCACCAUGGUGUUCGAGUUCCUCUACAAGAUGUGCGACGUCAUGUCGGCGUACUUCGGCAAGAUCAGCGAGGAGAACGUCAAGAACAACUUCGUGCUCAUCUACGAGCUGCUCGACGAGAUUCUGGACUUCGGGUACCCUCAGAAUUCGGAGACCGGAGCUCUGAAGACCUUCAUCACUCAGCAGGGCAUCAAGAGUCAGCACCACACCAAGGAGGAGCAGUCUCAGAUCACCAGUCAGGUGACAGGUCAGAUCGGUUGGAGGAGAGAGGGAAUCAAAUACAGACGGAACGAACUGUUUCUGGACGUUUUAGAGAGCGUCAACCUGCUCAUGUCCCCACAAGGUCAGGUGCUCAGUGCUCAUGUCUCAGGUCGGGUGGUGAUGAAGAGUUACCUGAGCGGGAUGCCAGAGUGUAAGUUCGGGAUGAACGACAAGAUCGUCAUCGACAAGCAGGGGAAAGGAGGAAGCUCUGAGGACGGAGGCAAGAGUGGUAAACAGUCAAUAGCGAUCGACGACUGCACCUUCCAUCAGUGCGUCCGUCUCAGUAAGUUUGACUCCGAGCGCAGCAUCAGCUUCAUCCCUCCGGACGGAGACUACGAGCUCAUGAGGUACCGCACCACCAAAGACAUCAUCCUGCCCUUCAGAGUCAUCCCUCUGGUCCGAGAGGUCGGCCGCACCAAGCUGGAGGUCAAAGUCGUCAUCAAGUCCAACUUCAAGUCGUCGCUGCUGGCUCAGAAGAUCGAGGUUCGGAUCCCGACUCCCCUCAACACCAGUGGAGUUCAGCUCAUCUGUAUGAAGGGAAAAGCAAAGUACAAAGCCAGCGAGAACGCCAUCGUCUGGAAGAUUAAGCGGAUGGCGGGGAUGAAGGAGUCUCAGAUCAGUGCAGAGAUUGAACUGCUGCCGACCAACGACAAGAAGAAGUGGGCUCGACCUCCGAUCUCCAUGAACUUUGAGGUUCCGUUUGCUCCGUCUGGUCUGAAGGUUCGGUACCUGAAGGUCUUUGAGCCGAAGCUGAACUACAGCGAUCACGAUGUCAUUAAAUGGGUUCGUUACAUCGGCCGCAGCGGCAUCUACGAGACGCGCUGCUGACCCCACCAUCGCCGCCGCCGCCAGCGGGGCUGAUGGGAAAGACGGAUGGCCCCUGACAUUAUUGUUGUUAUUUACAGAUCUGUGUGUUUGUUUUCAUGGUGACUUUGAGUUUGAGUCUGCUGAGCUCUGCGUGAGGACGGAGGUCAGCCAAUCACAUUCCAGAGAACACCUGUGGACCCACAGAGACCGCCUCCUGCAGGGUGACUGCAGAUUCACUGUCUCCAUACAGUGCUUGUUGUUGUUGUUGUUGUUGUUGUUGUUGUUGUAGAGACAGAUUAAAUCCAGAACCACUGGAUCCUACAUUUCCCAUGAUGCACCUGGAGUGUGUCUCUCAUUAGAGCUGUUACUGUAACACUGUGAUUCUGAAGGUCUUUAAAGUGUUACAGGAAGUUUAAACCAACAGAACCAACACGGAAAUGGAGCUGCAACGGCUAACCAUUUACUUGUUGAUGGUUUCUGAUAUUAAUGUAUUGAUUAUAAUGUGUGUAUGUGAACAGCAGCCUGUUAAAUGCUAACAGAAUAAGCUGCUACGCUCUCAGUCCGGGUACAGACUUCCUCUUCAGAGACGGUUCAGCAGCUCUGCAUGGAACCAGUUCUGAUCUUCCUUCAUAGUUUCCUCCAAUAUGAACAUAAAAAAGGUCUGAGAGUCCUCCUGUCUCAUAGCCAGUCUAUUACCCAGCAUGCUUCACUCUCGCUCAGUUUAAACAUUUAUUCUGAAUUCAUCUCUCCUGAAAAUAUGUUUCUAUUAUUUUUUAUUAUUUUUUAUAGUUUUUGUAUCCAGAUGUGUCGGUUAUCAGAAACUGAUCAGACAUAAUGAUGUAUAUGGAGUCCUUUGUGUGUGUGUGUGUGUGUGUGUGUGUGUGUGUGUGUGUGAGCAGAUCAAUAUAUAUCAGUCAGACCUCUGUCUGUCUGUCUGAAGUCAUUUUGCCAAAUGUUCUGUUUUCUCAAUAAAAUCAGUCCGACUGACUCUGACUGUU